UUCUAACAUAGUUAAACUCCUGAAAUGUGGACAUCAUAAAAAGUAUUUGAUGCACACAAAUUUCUACAAAGAGCUCUGCUUUGUGGUAAAGUCAUGCGGAGAUCACGUGACGAUGGUAGUAAGCGAUUUCCGCGUUUACGGAGAAGCAGCUGCCGAGGAUAACAAAUUUAUCGCCGUUGUUUUUGAUUUCCUCGCUUCUUCUCUCCUGACAGAUCGGCGAUCUAAUUUCUUUCCAGAUCGCGACCAAGCUCCGACUUUUUCUCGCUGCUUUCUGAUCCACUUUCCGGUUCUGAGAUUAUGGUUCGAGGAAGAGAUGCGUGUUGGGAACAUUGUGUUCUUGUAGAUGCAACGCGGCAGAAGGUUAGAUGUAAUUAUUGUCAUAGGGACUUCAGUGGAGGGGUUUACCGAAUGAAGUUUCAUUUGGCGCAAAUAAAGAAUAAAGAUAUAGUUCCAUGUUCAGAAGUACCAGAUGAAGUGCGAAAUCACAUUCAAAGCAUAGUAGGUACUCCCAAGAAACAGAAAACUCCCAAGAAACUGAAGCUGGGUGUUGUAGCUGUAGCUGAUGGUCAACAAGAAAAUAGCUCGUCUGCUACUGGUGGUGUACUUCCCAAUCAUGGAUCUAGUGGUCAACGGGGUAGCACCUGCCCAUCUUUGUUAUUUCCACAUCCCUCACCCACUGGACAGCUAGCAGUAGUAGAUAAUGUUCCGAAUCAAAAACAGGAUAAUGCUGACAAAAAGAUUGCUGUGUUUUUCUUCCAUAAUUCUAUUGCUUUUAGUGCUGCUAAAUCCAUGUACUACCAAGAAAUGUUUGAUGCUGUAGCUGAGUGUGGGGUGGGUUAUAAAGCUCCGAGUUUUGAAAAGCUUAGAUCAUCCCUACUAGUAAAGGUGAAAGGCGAUAUACAUGAUUGGUAUAAGAAAUAUAGAGACGAGUGGAAAAAUACAGGGUGCACAAUCUUUUGUGAUAGCUGGUCUGAUGGUAAGACAAAAUCAAUUCUUGUAUUCUCCAUCACAUGCCUCAAAGGGACACUAUUUCUGAAAUCAGUUGAUAUAUCAGGUCAUGAAGAUGAUCCCAAUUACUUAUUUGAGUUGCUCGAGUCAAUCUUGAUAGAAGUUGGCCCGGAAAAUGUUAUACAAGUGAUUACAAAUAGUACUGCCGGUUAUGUUUAUGCAGGGAGGCUUCUCAUGGCUAAGUACACCUCAUUGUUUUGGUCACCUUGUGCUUCGUAUUGCGUCAAUAAGAUGUUGGAGGAUAUUGGUAAACAAGAGUGGGUUGGUACAGUCAUUGAAGAAGCAAAAACCAUCACUACAUACAUAUAUAGUAAUGCAUGGACUUUGAAUAUGAUGAGGAAGUUCACUGGUGGAAGUGAAUUGAUCAGGCCUAGACUCACUAGAUAUGUAUGUAAUUACCUUUCCUUGAGGGCCAUUGUUAUCCAGGAGAACAACUUAAAGAAUAUGUUCUCUCAUCCAGAGUGGUUGUCAUCCAUGCAUAGUAGACGUCCAGAUGCUCAGAUCGUUAAAUCUUUAUUGUAUCAAGACCGGUUUUGGAAGUUUGCGCAUGAAGCUGUGAGCAUCUCGGAACCACUUAUAAAAGUUUUAAGGAUUGUCGAUGGGGACAUGCCAGCAAUGGGGUAUAUAUAUGAAGGAUUAGAGAGGGCAAAGAUUUCGAUUAAGUCAUAUUAUAAGGGUAUUGAAGAUAAAUAUAUGCCAAUGUGGGAAAUAGUUGAUCGAAGAUGGAAUGUGCAGCUCCACUCUUCUUUACAUGCUGCAGCAGCAUUUCUUAAUCCUUCAAUAUUCUACAAUCCAAAUUUUAAAAUUGAUUUAAGGAUGAGGAAUGGGUUCCAAGAAGCAAUGAUCAAAAUGGCCAUCUCAGAUAAAGAUAAAAUAGAAAUUACAAAGGAGCAUCCAAUAUACAUAAAUGCUCAAGGUGCCCUUGGUACUGAUUUUGCAAUCAUGGGAAGGACUUUGAAUUCUCCAGGUGAUUGGUGGGCUGGAUAUGGCUAUGAAAUUCCCACUCUGCAGAGAGUUGCUAUGCGAAUACUUAGCCAACCUUGUAGUUCACACUGGUGCAGAUGGAAUUGGAGUUCCUUUGCAAGGAUACACACCAAGAAACGCAACAAAUCGGAGCUUGAAAAGUUAAAUGAUUUGGUAUUUGUGCAGUGCAAUCUUUGGUUACAAGCCAUAUACCAAAGUAGGGAUGGAAAGUGUAAACCUGUUAUCUUAGAUGAAAUAGAUGUUAGUUCUGAAUGGCCUACUGAAUUAGAAUCUUCAACCCCAAUUUUUGAUGAUUCUUGGCUGGAUAAUUUGCCACUUGAAUGUAGAGGUAGUCCUUGAAAAUGUAUAGAUGCAUAACAUAAUCAUUCAGUCAAUGAUUAAUUCUGUAAGGUGGUUUGUAGAUAGAGCAUCUUCAUUCUCAUUUUUUGUGCAACGUUUUAAAUUCUUUUUAUAUCUUACCCAACUAAAUCAAUCUUUUUGUCUGAAAAA